CUGCCCUAAUCGCCCCCAAGUGUCCGGGGCCGCGUCGCGGAGCUGACACCUUUCCAGGGCGCCUCCUGCGUAUCCUCUCCCCUCGCGUCCCCGUCGCCACCCUGGGCUCCCAGACUCGGGAACACUCUCCUCUCCUCCCUCUCCCCUAAGGUGCCUGCUCCCACGAUCCAAAACGCCCAUCUUCACAGCCCCGGCAAAACCCGGAGAGGUGGACUCCCGCGCCCGGAGCGCCCGGCGGCCACUGGGCAUGCUCCGUCGUCAGGCAGGUUCCCGGCGGCGGCGACCCGCUUCGGAGCCGCGCGGAUCCUCCAGCCGCAGCGCGUCCUCCUCGCGAGCAGGAGCGGGCGCAUGAUGGCGGCGGCGGGGAGCGCCAGCGGCCGCAGCAGCGGCGGCGCCGGCAGCAGCAGCAGCGACACGUCCAGCACCGGCGAGGAGGAGCGGAUGCGGCGCCUCUUCCAGACGUGCGACGGCGACGGGGACGGAUACAUUAGCAGGAAUGACUUGUUGAUGGUCUGUCGCCAAUUGAACAUGGAAGAGUCUGUGGCUGAGAUCAUGAACCAACUGGGCGCAGAUGAAAACGGGAAGAUUUCCUUUCAGGAUUUUAUAAGAUGCCGCAUGCAGCUUGUUCGAGAAAUUAGGAAGGAGGAAGUGGGCCUUUCUGAGAAGUCAGACAACUCCUGUAAAAAGAAGCAACUGAGGGAUAGAAUUGCUUCCUGGCCCACGAGUAGUGACAACAGUUUGGGUGCCUUGUCAGCAGCCAGGGAGAGCUGGGAAUACGACUCGGGUGCCAGGGACCUCCAGAGCCCGGACCUGCAGAGUCAGCCGGCCCUGCAGAAGCUUCUCGAGUGCGGCGGCAGCUCUGUGCACCAGCAGGCCGCCGCUCUGCACAGACUGCUCGCACAGGCCCCACAUGUCAGCGACUCUGUGGGAGGAAGCUACCUAGAACUGGCCAACACAGUGAGUGCUUUCUAG